AUGUCCUCCGGUGAUAGACCCGUCAAGAACGCAUCAGGCCGCUACGACAACGUCGACUUCAGGAAAGCAGCGGGUUAUCAAUACCCACCCAUCAAGUGCAGCUACAACCGCCGCGAUGUUCUCCUCUUUGCCAACGCGAUUGGUGUCAAGAAGGAUGAGCUUCACUUCCUCUAUGAGCUCCACCCUCACUUCGCCGCCUUUCCCACGUUUCCCAUCAACCUCGCCUUCAAGCAGACAGACCAGGAUGUUUUCGACUUCAUCGCGCGGACAACGUCGGGCCAGGUUCCAGGAGUUCCGCCGUUCGACGCUCAGCGUUCUGUAGACGGCGAGCGCGGCAUCGAGAUCAUCCGGCCCAUUCCUGUGUCCUCUCAGGGGCUGGACCUGGAGAUUCGCAAUAAGGCGGAGCAGCUGCUAGUCGACAAGACAACGGAAACUGUCUACACCAAGAUGACCUCCACCGCGUUCGGCAUCGGACAGGGCGGCUACAACGGUCCCCGGGGCCCUUCAAAGCCGGCCGCAACGCCACCGAAAGACCGGAAACCAGAUGCCGUGCACACCAUCAAGACCACGCCGGAGGCCGCUCUGCUCUACCGUCUCUGUGGAGACUACAACCCCAUGCACGCCGACGAGGCCUUCGGUCAGCGGGCCGGGUUCAAGGGAUCCAUCCUCCACGGCCUCGGCACGUGGAACAUGGCCGCCCACGGUCUGCUCCAAGAGCUGGGCAAGAGCGAUCCUGACCGUCUCAAAGCCUACGGCGCGAGAUUCAAGAGCGUCGUUUAUCCUGGCGACACGCUCGAAACGCGCAUGUGGGUAGUGAAGACGGAGGGCGGGGUAGACGAUGUCGUGUUCGAGACGGUCGUCAAGGAGGAUGGCAGAGUCGCGCUAUCGAACGGAUACGCCAAGGUUGCGAAUGCAAAAGUGAAGCUUUGA